AUGGGCCCUUUGCUUGCACUCGGGUAUAAUAAAACACUAGAUCUUGAAGAUAUUCCUCAACUUGACAAUUGUGAUAGGGCCAAUGUGGUGUUUGCCCAUUUUAGAAAUAAACUUGAACCUGAUGAUAAUGGUGGACUGGCAAACACAUUCAAGUUAGUGAAGGCAUUGAUUCUGUCAACAUGGAAACAAAUUCUAUGUACGGCUCUACUCUCCAUCGUAUGCACAUUGGCUUCUUUUGUUGGACCAUACCUCAUUUAUGCCUUUGUUCAGUAUCUCAACAGCAAUCACCAGAUAAAAUAUAAAGGCUACGCAUUAGUGUUUAUUUUCUUUCUUUCGAAGCUCAUAAGGUGCCUCUCAGAGAGGCACUUGUUCUUUCAAUUACGAAAGAUGUUUAAUUUGAUGAGUAUUGAUGUUGAGAGAAUUGGCCUUUUCAGUUGGUACUUGCACGAUGUAUGGAGGGUACCUAUUCAGGUUAUCCUAGCAUUACUGAUAUUGUAUAAGUUUUUUGGGCUCGCUUCACUUAUAACUUUGGUUCCCACAAUGAUUUUGUUGUUUGCAAAUGUACCACUAGGAAAACUACAAGAGAAAUUUCAGGAAGAAUUGAUGGAUUCAAAGGAUCAAAGGAUGAAAUUGACAUCUGAAGCUUUGAGGAAUAUGAGGAUUCUCAAACUUCAUGGUUGGGAGAUGAAGUUCUUGGCUAAGAUAAUUGAGCUUAGGAACUUUGAAACUAGAUGGUUAAAAAAAUUACUUUAUUUAUCAGCUUUGAUUUCCUUUGUCUACUUGUCUUCUCCCAUGUUUGUGUCCAUGGUUACUUUUGGGUUCUGUGUGCUUAUGGGAAUCCCUUUAGAGUCGGGGAACAUUCUAACUGCAAUUGCUACAUUUGAGAUGUUGCAAGAGCCCAUUUAUGGUAUCCCAGAUCUAAUCUCCAUGACAGUUCAGACCAAAAUCUCCCUUGAUAGAAUAGCAUCAUUCCUUUGUCUUGAUGUUCUUCAUCUAAAUAUAUUACAGAAGCUUCCAAUACAAGAUAGUGCUAAGAUUGCAGUUGAGAUAGUAAAUGGGAAUUUCUCUUGGGACCUUCAUUCCCAUAAUCUCACAUUAAAAAAUCUUAAUUUUCAAGUGUACCGCGGUAUGUGCGUAGCUAUUUGUGGUCCUGUUGGGUCAGGCAAGUCAAGCCUAUUGUCAUGCAUAUUGGGAGAAGUUCCAAAGGUAUCUGGAGCCAUUAAGUUGAAUGGGACGAAGGCCUAUGUUGCACAAUCACCUUGGAUACAGAGUGGUACGAUAGAAGACAAUAUAUUGUUUGGUAAGGAGAUGGAAAAGACAAGGUACAUGAUGGUCCUUGAAGCAUGUUCAUUAAAAAAUGACCUAGAAUUGUUUGCCUUUGGAGACCAAACUAUCAUAGGGGAGAGGGGGAUCAAUUUAAGUGGUGGGCAGAAGCAAAGAAUUCAAAUUGCACGUGCUUUGUACCAUGAUGCUGAUAUUUAUCUACUUGAUGAUCCUUUUAGUGCUGUGGAUGCUCAUACAGGAGCUCAUCUAUUUAAGGAGUGUUUGCAAGGAAUUUUGGAUUCAAAAACCGUAAUUUAUGUUACUCAUCAAAUAGAGUUUUUACCUUCUGCUGAUCUUAUUCUGGUAAUGAAAGCUGGAAUGAUUACUCAAGCAGGAAAGUACAAAGAAAUUCUUAAUUCAGGAACUGACCUUAUGGACCUAGUGGGAACACAUAAGAAAGUUUUGGCAGUCCUUAAUUCUAUCGAAUGUAGGGCUGUUAUGGAUAAUUUAAUUAUUGGUGAGGAAGAUAGUAGUAUGCUAUGUAAUGAGAAACCUAUUCAAGAAGAUGAACAAAGGGAACCAAAAAAUGAUAAAACAGAAAAAUGGGUUCAACCGGUAGGGCAGCUUGUUCAAGAAAAAAAAAGAGAUAAAGGUAGAGUUGGUCUUUCAAUCUAUUGCAAGUAUGUUACCGCUGCAUAUAAAGGGGUUUUUGUACCAUUGAUAUUGUUGGUACAAGUUCUUUUUCAACUUCUUCUAAUAGUCAGCAGUUAUUGGAUGGUGUGGGCUACUCCUAUUUCAGAGGAUGUGCAACCUCAUGUUAGAGGAUCUACCAUUAUCUUUAUUUAUAUGGCUCUGAUCCUUGGAAGCUCUCUCUGCAUACUUGUAAGAUCCAUACUCAUCAUAACAAUUGGAUACAAGACAGCCACUUUGCUUUUCAACAAAAUGCAUUUGAACAUUUUCCGUGCUCCCAUGUCAUUUUUCGAUUCUACUCCAAGUGGAAGGAUUCUAAAUCGGGCAUCUAUAGAUCAAAGUGCACUUGAUGUAUCUAUUCCACAUAACAUUGAAGAAUUUCUCAUGUCAUUCAUAGGAUUCUUGGGAACUAUUAUAGUAAUGUCACAGGUUGGAUGGCAAAUGCUGAUAGUUUUCAUUCCAAUGACUAUGAUAUGCAUCUGCUACCAGCAAUACUUUAUACCUACAGCACGAGAACUAACGCGACUAGUCGGAGUAUCCCAAACUCCAAUUACACAACAUUUUACAGAAUCUAUGUUAGGUUCGACCACAAUCAGAUGUUUUGAUCAAGAAGAGAGGUUUAUGGACACAAACUUUAAGCUAGUGGAUGGGUAUUCUAGGCCCAAACUCCAUUUCUCGGGUGCGGUGGAGUGGUUAUGCUUCCGCAUGGAUAUGUUAGCAUCCAUCACAUAUGCCAUCUUUUUGAUUGUCUUGAUCUCAAUGCCUAAGACAGUUCUCAAUCCUGGUAUUGCGGGUUUUGCAGUCACAUAUGGACUUGGUUUCAGUAUGCAUGUUGUCAUAUGGGUUUUUACUAAUCUUGAAAAUAAAAUCAUAUCUAUUGAGAGGAUACUACAGUAUGCAUACAUCCCUAGUGAACCCCCUCUGUUGGUAAAAGAAAAUCGGCCAAGUCAUGAGUGGCCAUCACAAGGUCAAGUUGAUAUUGUUGAUGUGCAGGUCCAAUAUGCUCCCCACCCUCCUCUUGUCUUACGUGGUCUCACUUGCACUUUUUCCGGAGGGAUGAAGAUUGGCAUUGUUGGACGAACAGGAAGUGGUAAAUCAACUCUCGGACAAGCUCUCUUUCGUAUGGUUGAACCAACAACUGGUCACAUUAGGAUAGAUGGUAUCAACAUCUCUAAGAUUGGCCUUCAUGACUUGCGGUCAAGGUUGAGCAUCAUCCCACAAGAUCCCACAAUGUUUGAGGGGACUCUAAGAAGUAAUCUUGACCCACUUGAAGAGUACACUGAUGAACAAAUAUGGGAGGCUUUAGAUAGAUGCCACCUCAGUGAUGAAGUUAGAAAGAAGGAAGGGAAACUUGAUUCUUCAGUGACUGAGAAUGGAGAGAAUUGGAGCAUGGGUCAAAGGCAACUAGUCUGUUUAGGACGAGUAUUACUCAAGAAGAGCAAAUUGUUAGUACUCGAUGAAGCUACUGCAUCAGUGGAUACAACAACUGAUUAUCUAAUUCAGAAAACACUUAGUGAACAAUUCUCAGGGUCUACUGUCAUCACAAUCGCACAUAGGAUAACAUCAAUUCUUAAUACCGAUAAGGUCCUCGUUCUCGAUAAUGGUCGUGUAUUGGAAUACGAUUCUCCAGCCAAAUUGUUACAGAUCAAGUCCUCGUCAUUCGCAAAGCUUGUUAAGGAGUAUACUCAAAAAUUUAGUUCUUAGUUUUUGAAAAGCUAAAUAAGUAGGUUUUGAAUGUUUAAAGUAAGGAGGCUGUAUUAAAAUGAAGUGCGUUUCUAUUUUGAGCAUGAUAAAAAUUUGUAGGGAGAUUGAGGCUGCCA